CGAUCCCGGCUCAGCCCUACAUUUCCAAGGAGCGCGGAGCUGUGCACAGGUGGCUGUGGCUCUGGAGCUGUGGGGUGGGGGGGAAAGCAGCCAAGCUGAGGUGCAAAGGGCCCCCUCCCUGUUUCCCUUUGUGCUUUCGCCUGCGAAGAACUCCCCAGAGGAGCCAGGGCUGAGAAUUCCCCCAAGCCUCCUCGCCUUUGUUUGAGUUGGCCUCUCUCCGUGCUGGCUGGCUGCUGGUCCUGGAGCCAGCUUUCCUUCCCCGCCUCCCUUCUCGGUUCCCUGCACCGGUCUCCUGUUCGGUGGCGGUUUGAUGGUGUUGCGAAGGGACGCUGGGCAUUCGCCGGAGCUUUCCCAGGGACGCCCUGCGAGCUCGCCCUGAGGAAUCGCAAUGGGGGUGCGUGGAGUCAGUGCAAAGCCCAGGAUGGAGAGGGGCACCGAACAAUAACACGCUUCCUGCCUGCUUCCCCUCCACCCCACCCAUCAACCCCAGCAAGGCGCUGGCCGUGGAUAAAGCAAGUUGGGUGCAUGGAGCACGAGGGAAAUAACACAGUUGCUUUUUGUUUGGGGCUGCACAAACCUUCCGCUGUGCGAGAGAUCCACCCCGGGCUCUGGAAUUAGGUCUCUAAGCUCCGCUCCUUCCCACCCACCCAAGCUGCCGCUGCCGGUGGCUCAAUUACUGUUCGGGUGUGUGUCCCUUGAUGCCUGACUCAGUGAGGAAUCGGGAUCUCUCCUGGCAGGACGGGCAUGUCCGAGCGGCGUGAGGAGGGGAGCUGGCCCGUCCCAGCUGGCGUGGUUGUGUCAGGUCGCUGUACUCUCUGCAGGCAGGCUCUGAGAGCAGGUGGCGUGGGAAAGAGGGGAAGCGAAGGCUGGGCCCCCUCCCAAAGUCCCAGCUUGGCGGAGGGGUGCGAAGGAGCUGGCCGCUGCAGGGGCGGAGGAGGAGAGCCGCUCGCCAGCAGCUGUCUAGGAUGCCGGAGCUGAGCGGGGAUGGACUUUGGCUUCACUUUGAAGAGGGGAGUGUGGCAAGAGAGCUGCCCUGGGCUGGAACGUGGGCAAACUGCUAGUUAAGCCCCCUGUGUUUGGCCAGCAGGUCUCAGCUUGGGGGGCAGAGACUGGCACAUGUGGGUCCAUCUACGGUUUACAGUCAGACACAUGGACCAAAGGAGCUCAGCAGUCCAGCAGCGAGACCCAACCAGCACCUGAACUUGGGCACUAACGGGGCGGCCGCACCCAUCUGGAGCAGCCACAUCUCUGCUGAAAUAGGGACCUUUCUUCUGUACGGAGGUGUCCUGCUUGUGUGUCCAUGACAAGUUGUUCCCCUUCUGGGGGCAGGUCCCUGUCUCUAGAACCAGAGCUCCCGCAGCUGGGCGGGUGACCUAGUGAGACGUCUGGAAUUUCUUCCCCCAGCAUUAGCCCUUGGCGGGUUGGGGCUCAGAAGCUGGGAGGCCUUUGAUCCGCUGUGUCCCUGGCAGUUGUUUGCUUUGUUUGUUAAUGGUGAUCCUCGCGUCCCCACCUGCAACCUCUGGCUCCAAGGGGAUUUGUGAAGCUGAGACAGGGCGAGGCUUUCCGGAGUUUUACCUGACUGGCCCCUUGGGCUCCAGAUCAGGCCCUGGGUCCUAACACCUGCGGUAUUGUGCAGGCCGUAGGGAUGGAGUGUGUGGCUGUAAACUCUUCCUUCUGCAAGUGAGCCAAGCCCAACCUGUCCAUACGUGCCAGCCAGAGAAUGGGAAUCCCUGGGAAAACGUAGCUCCCUGCAGCUCCGGAAGAGGAAGGGGGGUCCUCCUGCACCCCUGCUGGGUCCCCUCUGCCUCGGAUGUGCCAGCGGAAGGCUGGGCCCGUGCCAGCAGCGGCAUGACGGCCUGCCAGUACCCCAUGGCCCCCGGCACCUUGGAACGGGACCGGAUGUACCAGCACAAGGUCUCUCUGGUGGUGCGCUAUUUCAUGAUCCCCUGCAACAUCUGCCUCAUCCUCCUGGCCACCUCCACCCUGGGGUUUGCUGUGCUGCUUUUCCUCAAUAACUACAAGCCCGGUAACUAUUUCCCCCCGCCGCUGCCGACACCGCAGGAUGUGUGCCGAGGAAUGCUGUGCGGAUUCGGAGCCAUAUGCGAGAGGAGCACCAUCAACUCCUCCCAGGCCUCCUGUGUCUGCAAGAAGACUACUUGCCCAGUGGUGGUGGCCCCUGUCUGUGGCUCGGACUAUUCCACCUACAGCAACGAGUGCGAGCUGGAGAAAGCCCAGUGCAACCAGCAGAGGCGGAUCAAAGUCAUCAGCAAGGGGGCAUGCGGUUCCAAGGACCCCUGCGCAGAGGUGACAUGCAGCUUCGGCAGCACCUGCGCCCGCUCCACGGACGGCCAGUCGGCCAAGUGCAUCUGCCCGGCCUCGUGCGGCAGCGUGGCCGAGAGCACGGUGUGCGGCAGCGAUGGCAAGGACUACCGCAGCGAGUGCCUGCUCAACAAGCACGCCUGCGACAAGCAGGAGAACGUCUUCAAAAAGUUGGACGGGCCCUGCGACCCUUGCAGGAGCACUCUCAACGACAUGAACCGGGUGUGCCGGGUAAACCCCCGCACUCGCAGAGCAGACCUGCUCUCCCGGCCUGAAAACUGCCCUCCGAAGAGGGACCCGGUGUGUGGCGACGACGGGGUGACCUAUGAUAACGAGUGCGUCAUGGGGCGGUCGGGCGCCAUCCGGGGGCUGGAGAUCCAGAAGGUGCGUUCGGGGCACUGCCAGCCUCAGGACAAGUGCCAGGCCGAGUGCAAGUUCAAUGCCGUGUGCCUCAACCGCCGCGGCACCGCCCGCUGCUCCUGUGACCGCAUCAUCUGCGACGGCGCCUACCGGCCCGUCUGUGCCAGGAACAGCCGGACCUACAGCAACGACUGCGAGCGCCAGAAGGCGGAGUGCCAGCAGAAAGCCGCCAUCCCCGUGAAGCAUGAGGGCCCUUGUGCAUUGCCUGUUUGGAGAAAGGACGUGCAUCCGCACAGCACCCUACUGCUCCCAACCAAGAUGUCUCUGCUCAGAGACCUGGGCAUACCCAGCCCGUGCCUGAGCGUGGAGUGCACCUUCGGGGCCACCUGCGUGGUGAAGAACCGGGAGGCGGUGUGCGAGUGCCAGCAGGUGUGCCUCAGCCGCUACGACCCUGUGUGCGGCAGCGACAACCGCACCUACGGCAACCCCUGCGAACUGGACGCCAUGGCCUGCGUCCUCAGGAAGGAGAUCAAAGUGAAGCACAAAGGACCUUGCGACCGGUGUAGCAAGUGUCAGUUCGGGGCCAUAUGCGAGGCGGAGACGGGCAGGUGCGUGUGCCCAACAGAAUGCAUCUCCUCCUCCCAGCCGGUCUGCGGGACGGAUGGGAACACCUACAGCAGCGAGUGCGAGCUCCACGUCCGGGCGUGCACGCAGCAGACCAACAUCCAGGUGGCCGCGCAAGGAGACUGCAAGUCGUGCGGCAGCACCGUCUGCGCCUUCGGCAGCAAGUGCGUGGGCGGGCAGUGCGUUUGCCCGCGCUGCGAGAGGCAGCCCUUCUCCCAGGUGUGUGGCAGUGACGGUGUCACCUACGACAGCCCAUGCGAGCUGCAGGUAGCUUCCUGCCAGCAGAAGAAGGCGAUUGAGGUUUCCAGGACAGGACCUUGUGAGGAGGAGUGUGGCUCGGGGGGCUCAGGCUCUGGGGAAGAUAACGAGUGUGAACAGGACCGCUGCCGGCAGUACGGGGGUUCGUGGGAUGAGGACGUGGAGGACGACCGCUGUGUGUGUGACUUCACCUGCCUGGCUGUGCCACGCAACCCGGUAUGCGGCUCUGACGGAGUGACUUAUGCCAACGAGUGUGAGCUCAAGAAGACACGCUGCGAGAAACGCCAGGACCUCUACAUCACCAGCCAAGGAGCCUGCCGGGUUAUUGGAACGCUUCCCCCGCCACUCCUGGUUCUGCACUGCAGCCAGACCAUCUAUGGAUGUUGUCCGGACAAUACAACCGUGGCCCUCGGUGUGGGCUCAGCUGGCUGCCCAAGCACCUGUCAGUGUUACCCCUACGGCUCGUAUGGGGGGGCCUGCGACCCCACCACCGGCCAGUGCUCCUGCAAGCCGGGGGUGGGGGGCUUGAAGUGCGACCGCUGUGAACCCGGCUUCUGGAACUUUCGUGGGAUAGUCACGGACAGCAAGAGCGGCUGCACCCCUUGUCACUGCGACCCGGUGGGCUCAGUGCGUGACGACUGUGAGCAGAUGACCGGACUGUGCUCUUGCAAGACUGGCAUCACAGGCAUGAAAUGCAACCAGUGCCCCAACGGAAGCAAGCUGGGGAUGACGGGCUGCGAGAAAGAUCCCUCCGCACCAAAGUCCUGCCGCGAGCUGAGCUGCGAGUUCGGGGCAUCGUGCGUGGAGGUCAGUGGCUUUGCCCACUGCGAGUGCCCGUCCCCACUGUGCGUGGAGGCCAACAUGACCAAGGUCUGUGGCUCUGACGGAGUGACCUACGGUGACCAGUGCCAGCUGAAGACCAUUGCGUGCCGGCAGGGGCAGGUCAUCAAGGUGAAGCAUGUUGGACAGUGCCAUGAAUCCAUCACCCACAUGAGUCACACUGUACAGCCCAUGCCACUGCCCACGCUGCCCCUGGACAAGCUCCUCCACCCCCCGCCUCUAAGGCUUACCACCCGGGCCCCCGACCCCACGGAGACAGCCACCAGUUCCCUGCUGUUCGAAGCCAGGCCCAUUCCUAGAAGCCAGCCUGCCACGGUACGAGUGACCACCGCCCGGCCGGCAACCACCACCUGGACCACCCAGGGGAUCCGCAGGACCACCAUCCGCCCCCUCUCCACCGCUCCUGUAGUCCUGGCCACCCCCCCACCUGCGUACUCUGAGUCUGGCAGUGCAGAAGGCAGCGGGGACCCAGAACUGGGCACCAGUGGAGACCAGGAAGCCAGCGGGGCUGGCUCUGCUGGGGAAGAGGAGCCAGAGGAGAACCAAGUGACAUCCACCCCCGCCGUUGAAAGAGCGACGUGUUACAACUCCCCUCUGGGAUGCUGCUCGGAUGGCAAGACGGCAGCUGUUGACGCAGAAGGAAGCAACUGCCCGGCCACCAAGGUCUUCCAGGGAGUCCUCAUCUUGGAGGAGGUGGAGGGCCAGGAGCUGUUCUACACACCUGAGAUGGCUGACCCCAAAUCGGAGCUCUUUGGGGAAACGGCCAGGAGCAUCGAGAGCAUGCUGGAUGAGCUUUUCCGGAACUCCGACGUGAAGAAGGAUUUCAAGAGCAUCCGCGUGCGAGACCUGGGCCAGAGCAGCGCGGUCCGCGUCAUUGUGGAGUCCCACUUUGACCCAGCCACCUCCUACACAGCGGCUGACGUGCAGAGGGCCCUGCUCAAGCAGAUCAGGGCCUCCAAGAAGAGGCCCAUCCUCGUGAAGAAGCCUCAGGAGGAUCACAUCAAAUUCAUGGACUUUGACUGGAUUCCCAGGCUCUUCACCACCACGACCACCACCACCACCGCCACCACCAUGGCUCCUAUCACCACCUGGAGGUUUACCGCCCCCACUGCUGCCCAUAUCCUGCCCCCAGAGGCCAUGGAGAGGCCCAGCACCAAGAUGACAGGGCCCGCCACCACCAGGAGACCCACCACCAGCACCGUGCCGGCCACCACCUGGAGGAAGCCCACGCGCCAGCCCUCCGCCACCAAGAAGCCGUCACGGCCCUGUGACUCCCACCCCUGUCUGCAUGGCGGCACCUGCGAAGAUGACGGGAAGGAGUUCACCUGCAGCUGCCCUGCGGGGAAAGGGGGCGUGGUCUGCGAGAAAUCCAUCAGGUACUUCAUCCCCGGCUUCGGCGGGAAGUCGUACCUAGCCUUCAAGAUGAUGAAGGCCUACCACACGGUGCGCAUCGCGAUGGAAUUCCGGGCCUCCGAGCUCAGCGGGCUGCUGCUCUACAACGGGCAGAACCGGGGCAAGGACUUCAUCUCCCUGGCGCUGGUCAACAGCUUUGUGGAGCUCAGGUUCAACACAGGAUCUGGUACAGGCAUCAUCACCAGCAAGGUGCCCCUGGAGCCUGGCAAGUGGCACCAGCUGGUGGUGAACCGGAACCGCCGUAAUGGCAUGCUGUCGGUGGACGGGGAGCCCCAUGUGAAUGGGGAGAGCCCGAGCGGUACCGAUGGGCUGAACCUUGAUACAGAUCUGUUCAUCGGAGGGGUGCCAGAAGACCAGAUGACUGUGGUGGCAGACCGCACGUCAGCCACCGCCGGCCUGAAGGGCUGCAUCCGCCUGCUGGACGUGAACAACCAGAUGUAUGACUUGCGGGAGAAGGGCAGCGAUGUGCUGUACGGCAGCGGGGUGGGCGAGUGCGGGAACAACCCCUGCCAUCCCAACCCCUGCCACCACGGCGCCGUCUGCCACGUCAAGGAGGCUGAGAUGUUCCACUGCCAGUGUCUCAACGGCUACACAGGUCCGACCUGUGCUGAUGAGAGGAACCCGUGUGACCCCAGCCCAUGCCACAUCUCUGCCACCUGCCUGGUGCUGCCUGAGGGAGGCGCCAAGUGCGAGUGCCCCAUGGGGCGGGAAGGGGAGUUCUGCGAGGCAGUGACGGAGCAGGACCAGACCCGGCCGUUCCUCCCGGAGUUCAACAGUUUCUCCUACCUGGAGCUGAGCGGGCUUCAGACCUUUGGGCACGAGCUGCAGGACAAGAUGUCCAUGGAGGUCGUGUUCCUGGCCAGGAACCCCAGUGGCAUGAUCUUCUACAACGGGCAGAAGACGGACGGCAAAGGAGACUUUAUCUCUCUGGCCUUGCACAAUGGCUACCUGGAGUAUAGAUACGACCUGGGCAAGGGGGCAGCUGUGCUCAAGAGCAAGGAGCCAGUCCCUCUGAACACCUGGGUUAGUGUGUCGCUGGAGAGGAACGGGCGCAAGGGAGUGAUGCGGAUUAACAACGGCGAGAGGGUGAUGGGAGAGUCACCGAAAUCCCGUAAGGUUCCUCACACCUCCCUGAAUCUGAAGGAGCCCCUCUACGUGGGGGGAGCGCCCGACUUCAGCAAGCUGGCUCGCGCCGCGGCCAUCUCCACUGGCUUUGACGGAGCCGUGCAGAGGAUCUCCAUUAAGGGCGUCCCGGUCCUGAAGGAAGAGAAUAUCCGCAGCGCCAUUGAGAUCUCUGCCUUCCGCUCCCACCCCUGCUCCCAGAAACCCAACCCCUGCCAGAACGGAGGCAUGUGCAACCCCCGGCUAGAGAGCUACGAGUGCGCCUGCCAGAGGGGCUUCUCUGGGGCUCGCUGCGAGAAAGUGAUCAUCGAGAAGGCGGCAGGCGAUUCGGAGGCCAUUGCCUUUGAAGGUAGGACCUACAUGGAGUACCACAAUGCCGUGACAAAGAGCCAACUGACCAAUGAGAUCCCAGCUCCCGAAGCACUGGACUAUGCCCUGGAUCACAGCGAUAAGGCCUUGCAGGAGAAUCACUUUGAACUGAGCAUCAAGACAGAUGCCACCCAGGGUCUGAUCCUGUGGAGCGGGAAGGGGCUGGAACGGUCAGACUACAUCGCCCUGGCCGUAGUGGAUGGCUACGUGCAGAUGACCUACGACCUUGGCUCCAAGCCAGUUGUCCUGCGUUCCACGGUGCCAGUGAACACAAACCAGUGGAUUCAGAUCAAAGCGUACAGAGUACACAGAGAUGGCUCCUUGCAGGUUGGCAACGAAGCCCCCGUAACUGGUUCUUCCCCUCUCGGAGCAACUCAGCUAGACACCGACGGAGCCCUUUGGCUGGGGGGAAUAGAGAAGCUCAGCGUGGCUCACAAACUGCCCAAGGCCUACAGCACCGGCUUUAUUGGCUGCAUAAGGGACGUGAUAGUCGACCGCCAGGAACUGCAUCUGGUGGAGGACGCUUUAAACAACCAGACGAUAUUACACUGCUCAGCCAAAUAAACCCCCCAGGGGCCCUUCCUUCCCCUUCCCCCUCCUGCCUCUUGCUGUAAUUAUUUUCUAUUUUUGUAAACUUAUUGCUUUUUAUAUUUUGGGGGGGAUGAGGGAGAAAGGGGGAGGAAACACCUGUUGUUUUUUUGGUUGGUUAUUUGUUUGGUUGCAGUGUAGCCACAUCAGUUGGACUUUGAUCGAGCAGCAGCAACAUAGAACAAGCCCUGAACCAAGUCUCCAGGAAGUGACUGAGGAACCAACCCACGUAGCCUCCUUCAUUGUAAAUGUCAUUAAUACUUGAAGCCUUUUCCCGCCCUCCUCUGAUUUUAUUUUUAUUUUGUGUUGGUUCUUGUUCCCGCCCACGAGGGGGAGAAAAACAGGGAUCGCGGCGCCGGCAAGACGGUGGCCUUCGGGGAAUCCUUGCUGUGCGAUCUCAGGCUGGGUCUACACUCCGCUUUCUUCAUUCCUGGCCGAGCGGAGAAGAAGCCAUUCAGGGGAGGGGGACAUCAUGUUGCAUUUGGGCCAGGGUCUACCAGGUCUUUUCCAGGCUUCGUAUCCAUCUUCUUGUUUCCUCUGUGGCAGUGUGUGAGGAUCUCAAGUGGUUUUCUCUGGGAUGCACUGUCAGGGAACGCUACUUGCUGGAAGACAGACCAAGCUCAGCUUGUGGCAGGUGGGAAAGCACUGCUCUGUGGUUGGCUCAUGCCUCCUUGACGACUGACUCGCUGGACUCAAGUUUGUUUGUUUUUUUGAUCAGUUUGGCUGAGGAGGGGCAGCAGCUUCUUUCUGUGUUAAUCGCUCUCCUCCUCCUGGAUGCAUGCCGAAGCAGCUGAGAAACCUAUUUCCAGGCUUUAUUUUUAUCCAGACAUGUCCCAACUGCCCACUUGGCCUCGUUGCGCUUUCCAAGAAUCUUUGCUGUUUACCAAAACCUGCCCUCUCUUGUGCCAGUGAGAACAAUGCAAAGUAUGUUGGAUGUCCGGGGCUUGAUCCGGCAAGGUUCACCCACCCCUAGUCUGUUAAGGUCAACAAGAUUUGAGGGCACAGACUGAGGGCCCUUUUCCUCUGUAACCCAUGUGAAGCACGCUUCCCUUUUCCAGCCUGUCCUUUAUUUACAGAGACGAUGGGUUCAGACCAGCUGUCCUAAGGAUUUCUGCUUACACACCUUGAAAGCUAGUGGGUGUUUGGCCAUUGACUUCACAUUUGUACAACAGCCAGCACAACAAGGGACCCGAUCCUGGCCAAUGCGCAUAGACGCGACCAUGAUACAAAUCAUAACUUCAAUGGGGAACAAGAUUGGGCCCUUACUACACAGGCAAGAGACAGGGUUGUUGGUUUGUUUGAUGUUUUUUAAGCUAUUUUUAUUUUCCACGAUGCCAAUCAUUCCUUGUAAAAAUUUGCUAUGAUGCAAAUACUGUUAACGCCAGCUCCGAACCCUGUGUGUGUGU